GGCUGUGGUGGUGGUGGUGUUGGUGGGGGGGUGGCUGGGGGAGACCACUGUGGCAGGGGAGAGGCAGCGAGGGAGAGAGGCUGGUGAAGCCGCUGAUAUUCAUGAAGACGCCAAGUGUUUUUUCUCUCGCCGUGGUGACACACUGCUGCUAGUCUGCGGAGAGACAGAGGGAGCGGGGAAGAGACAAGGGGAAGGAGGCGAGUGAAAGCAAGACGAGGCCCAGCCCAUCUUGCCAUUGAUCUUGAGGCGAUCAAGGGGGAAUCUUUACUGAAGAGGACACACCGGGACAGAUUCAAGGAUGGAUCUCGACAUAUCAAGCUUGGAAUUUUGACAUCUGGACUUAUCAGAUGGGCCAAUCAUAUUCAACACUUCUCCCAAUGCAGGAUUUGGAUCCGACCGACCAGUCAGACAAUGGGAAACUGAUCUGAGACAGGAGAGAGUUGGUGCAAAGUCUCCCACAAGCUGUAUCUGGAUUAUUGAUAGUUGCAUUCAUGUGGGAUCAGGUUUACCACUGGGAGAUGUCAUGCAAACAAUACUUCAAGUUGGGUGAACAUUUUAGAAAACUUGGGAAAAGGUUUUCCUCAGCAGUGACAUCAUGAACUCUGAUCCGGAUAUCCAGUUGGCCUGUCUGGCCAGAGCAAGACAACAUGCAGAUGGACUUAUUUUUCCCCAGAAACUCGUAGCUUACACUAAAAUGGAGUGAGAAUUUGGAUUUUUUUGUCUUCCACCUUUGGCUUGUUGAAAAAACCAACAGAUCAAAACAAAGGUCAUCCACCUCAGACUGAACCUGGAGCCUCUGAGGGGCACUUAAAUGCACCUUUAGCAUCUAACGGCAGGUUGGACGCCCAGUUUCAGCCCUCUGAAGACUGAGGUGUGGACAGAGUGUGAGCGAGGUGGUUGGCUGGCUGAGUCAGCUCCAAUGGGGGCCGGUUGUGACCCGGUCUGACCCCGGUUUGACCUUGCAGUGACCUUUGACCUCUCCGGUCCUGGCUCUCCACCUGCUCUGCUGCCUGGGUUCCGGAACGCUCCGCCCUGGGGCCCAGAACGAGCCAAUCAGGAUGAAGAAGAGCCGCAGCGUGCUGUCUGUGACUGGAGAAGAGGGUAACAACACAGAUAUAACAGGUGCUGGGGAGAAGGCGGAGUCAUCUCGCUACAGCCGGUCUUAUACGUCUGGGGCUACGUUGGGGGCUGAGCUACGCAGAGGGAGGAGCAGAAGACUUUCGUCUAGUCUCCAGGUACCCUGCUGGCUCCGCCCUCGAGACCGCACUCGUUCACCUGAGGUCCUGAGCAACGUAUCGCGUCCAACAACUCUUCCCCUCCGUAUCCCGCCACGCAUCUCCAUCACACAAGCAGACUCUGACAGUUAUGAAGCGGAAAAUGGCGUAUCACCAGGUCAUACUCCGCUGGGUUCGCAGAGUCCAAGCCUCACCCUACACACCUCCUUUCUCCAGAGCCAGAGAAGAGAGUCCUUCCUCUACCGUUCAGACUCCGACUACGACAUGUCGCCCAAGACGGUCUCACGUAACUCCUCCCUCGCCAGUGAAGGGCACACAGGAGAGGACUUCAUUGUCACACCUUUUGCCCAAGUACUGGCGAGUCUGCGAUCGGUACGGAGCAACUUUACCAUUCUUGCCAACGUCUCCACACCGCCAAUCAAGAGGUCUCCUCUGGGUGGUGUGUGCGUCAGUCCCAGGGCGUCACUAUCAGAACAGCAAUACCAGCAGCUCGCCCUGGACACACUGGAGGAGCUGGACUGGUGCUUGGAUCAGCUGGAGACCAUUCAGACACACCGCUCUGUCAGUGAAAUGGCCUCCAACAAGUUUAAGAGGAUGCUGAACAGAGAGCUGUCCCACCUGUCAGAGAUGAGUCGCUCCGGUAACCAGGUGUCUGAAUACAUCUCCAGCACCUUCAUGGACAAGCAGAACGAGGUGGAAAUCCCGUCUCCUACCCUGAAAGACAAACCUAUGAGUCACAUCAGCGGAGUGAGGAAACUGUCUCACAGCUCCAGCCUCUCCAGCACUUCCAUGCCUCGCUUCGGUGUCAACACGGACCACGAGGAUGAGCUUGCCAAGGAGCUGGAGGAUUUGGAUAAGUGGAGUUUUAACAUAUUCAGAGUAGCAGAAUUCUCCAACAACAGACCUCUCAGCUGCAUCAUGUACGCCAUCUUCCAGGAGCGGGAGCUGUUGAAGACGUUUCGUAUCCCGGUCGACACCUUUGUCACUUAUGUGAUGACCCUGGAGGACCAUUACCAUGGAAACGUAGCGUACCACAACAGCCUCCAUGCUGCAGAUGUCACCCAGUCCACACAUGUCCUCCUGUCCACACCUGCUCUUGAUGCCGUCUUCACUGACCUGGAGAUCCUCGCUGCUCUGUUCGCUGCAGCUAUCCACGACGUCGACCAUCCUGGAGUUUCCAAUCAGUUCCUCAUCAACACCAACUCAGAGCUGGCCCUCAUGUAUAAUGAUGAGUCAGUUUUGGAGAACCACCACCUCGCUGUGGGCUUCAAGCUUCUGCACCAGGAAAACUGUGACAUCUUCCAGAACCUCACCAAGCGACAGCGCCAGAGCCUUCGCAAGCUUGUCAUCGAUAUGGUGUUGGCAACGGACAUGUCCAAACACAUGACCCUACUGGCUGACCUGAAGACAAUGGUAGAGACCAAGAAGGUAACCAGCUCUGGUGUGCUGCUGCUGGACCACUACACAGAAAGGAUACAGGUGCUGAGGAACAUGGUGCACUGCGCAGACCUGAGCAACCCCACCAAGCCGCUGCCGUUAUACAGACAGUGGACAGAGAGGAUCAUGGAGGAGUUCUUCCGACAGGGUGACAAGGAGCGAGAGAGAGGGAUGGAGAUCAGUGCCAUGUGUGACAAACACACUGCGUCCGUGGAGAAGAGUCAGGUGGGUUUCAUCGACUACAUCGUCCACCCGCUGUGGGAGACGUGGGCUGACCUUGUGCAUCCAGACGCCCAGGAGCUGUUGGACACGCUGGAGGAGAACAGGGAGUGGUACCUGAACACCAUGCCCCAGUCUCCCUCACCUCCCCCGGACAGACACCUGCAGCAUGACCGCUUCCAGUUCGAACUCACCCUGGAGGACCUGGAGCACAACAACCACAACCACAUACAUUUGAGGAACAACGGCGGGAGGAGCGGCCGGAAAGACAUCCACCACCACCACGACGAUGAUGACGAUGACGACGAUGACGACGCGCACCGAACGCAGGACGAAGGAGAGACUGUGAAAGAAGACGAGGAGAAUCACAACAGCGAACACAAUGGAGUCCAAGAUGAGGAGGAGGAGGAGGAGGAGGAAGGGACUGGAGGAAGAGAGGUCGAAGAAGAAGAGGAGGUGAAGGAGAACACAGAGGAGGAGGAGGAGGAAGGGACUGGAGGAAGAGAGGUCGAAGAAGAAGAGGAGGUGAAGGAGAACACAGAGGAGGAGGAACAUGGAGAGGAUCAGGCAGAAGAAGAUGACGGAGGAGGGCAGACAGAUGCAGCGGAGAACGAGGAGACUAAAGAAGAGGAGGGAGAGACUCAAGAAGAAGAAGGAGAACAGAAAGAGGAAGGGGAGGAUGGUGCAGAAAAUGAGGAGGUGAAGACGGAGGAAGGAGAAGGCGAGGAAAAUUUGGAAAAGGAAGAGACAGAAGGGGAAUUAGAAGGAGAAGGAGGAGGUGAGGGUGAAGAGGAAGUGGAAAAUGAAGAGGCAGAAGUAGAGGAAAAAGAGGAGGAAGAGAAAGAAGAAGAGGAGGCAGGAGAGGUGGAAGAAAAUGUAGCGGAAGAGGAGGGCGAGACAGAGGAGGCAGAAAUGGAGGACAAAGCUGAAGAUGAGGUUGAAGAAACAGAAGAUGUCAAUGGGGAAGAGGAGAAUGGAGAGUUGGCAGAAGCAGAGGCAGAGGAGGAGGUGCCAGUUGAGGAUGAAGCUGGAGAAGAAGAGGUAGAGGAAGAAGAGGAAAGUUAGUUGGGUGUAAAAACAUAAACAGGGUCAGCGAGGAAAGGUCUCAGAGAGAUACAGAGGUACGUAAAUGGAGCCGGAGAGGCUUCAGCAGUUAGCAGUAAGACUGUCACGGAGGAGGAUGAAGAGCCGAAGAUGCACUUCUCUCCAGGGUUAACAUGCUCUGACUCAACUACAGACGUCUCAAACUCCACAGCUCGCAGACGGACAGCAAGGGACACAAAUACAAAACCUCUGCCGAAGCAUACGCCUUCCCGAACAGCCAGAUUGUUGCAGCGUCCUGAUCAACUGGUAGUGAUAGAACGACUUCACGUCUUCAUCACUGAGUAUCUGUACAUCCAUCACUGCCGUAGGGAAUAAAACGGGGGAUAAGAAAAGGGGUGAACCUGUUUUAUCAACCUUUUGUAGCUCCUGAAAAUCUUAAAAAAAACAAAAACUGAAAUGCGUACAUGCAAAUAAGUGCGUGCCUGUUCUCCCGAUCUCAUGGACUACUACUAAUCAUCUCUGUCUCGUUUAUGAGGACGAUACACACACACACACAAACACACACACACUGACCAACAACUGUUAAAAGAAUGUCAACUUCCUCUGUUUGUCAGAAAAGAGAAAAAAAUAAGUCUGGAAAGUGUCUGUUGUCUUAUAUUUACUACAAAAACUUCCCGCUUGUGAACAGGAUGCUGAGAACACCUUCGGGCUCUGGAACAGUUUAACCUCCUCACAUGCUAACCUUAAAGCAACGAUGCUGGAUUCCUGAAUAAUAUCUGGACCGUUUUGUCAAAGGUGGAAACAUCUGCAGUCCAGCUCAAGGGGCUGACCUGUUGUACGUGUCGAUGUCAGUUCAUGUUAACAAAAAAACAAAACAAAACAAACAAAAAAAAACACCCAGUAUUCAUCCCAUCACGACAGUUUCACCACUCCCAGACUGUGAGUUUGAAUCCCGGGUGAAUCGUGCCAAACUGAUACACGACCAGCACUGAGCAAUUCAGCCUUCCUCCAAACAAGGUGGCUGACUCGACCGUGAAGCAAUGAACUGUGGGACCAGGGUAACGGGUGUGAUGGUCUUCCACAAAUCCCUUUUUUUCUUUCUUUGUUUUUUGUAAAAAUGGUAUUUGGCACUUUAUCUAACACCCCUGUUACAUAUAUGUACAUAAUAAACAUGU